AUGAACGCCAUGGUGGAGUUGGAACCUGUUGUUUGGAACUUUACGCUGAAAUUGGAGAACGGCACGCGCGCUAAUGAGACUGCAGCAGGACAUCCAGCUGACGAAUAUUAUAAUAUUGUUCAUGUGACCGAAACUAAAAUCCUUCCCGCGUUUAUUGGAUUUCUCUGCUCCACCGGGCUUGUUGGAAAUGUGCUGGUUUUGGUGACAAUUCUAAGGUCUGCCAAAAAGACAGUGCCAGACGUGUAUGUUGGGAACCUGGCUGUGGCUGAUCUGGUGCAUGUGAUCGUCAUGCCUUUCCUGAUUCACCAGUGGGCGCGUGGAGGGCACUGGGUGUUCGGCAGCAGCCUCUGCACCAUCAUCACAUCUCUGGACAACUGCAACCAGGUGGCCUGUGCUGCAGUCAUGACUGCCAUGAGUCUGGACAGAUACCUGGCUCUUGUUCAUCCAUUUCGCUUGUUGAGUCUCAGGACCAGAUCCAGGACCAUCCGCAUUAACCUGUUUGUGUGGGCAGCUUCUUUCAUCAUGGUUCUGCCAGCCUGGGUUCAUGCCAAAGUCAUCCGCUUCAGGGACGGCCUGGAGAGCUGCUCCCUUAACCUGGUCUCUCCCAAACAAGUGCUCUGGUACACGCUCUAUCAGACUGUGACGUCCUUCUUCUUGCCAUUACCUCUGAUCCUGACCUGCUACAUACUGAUUCUCUGCUACACCUGGAGAAUGUAUCGCAAGAACAAAAAGGCUCACAGGUACAACACCAGCCUGCCUCGGGAGCGUGUGGUUCGCCUGACUAAAAUGGUCCUGGUUCUAGUUGCGGUUUUUCUGGUGAGUGUUGGGCCAUACCACAUCCUGCAGCUGGUUAACCUGAGUGUUCCUCGGCCCUCGCUGGCGUACCACACCUGCUACUACCUGUCUGUGUGUCUGAGCUAUGCUGCCAGCAGCAUCAACCCCUUCAUAUACAUCUUGCUGAGCGGACACUUCCGCCACCGGCUGGUCUGUCGAGAUACACCCAGCAUGCCAAGUGUGGAAAGAGAAAUCCAGGCUCCUCGCUCUAGUUUUUAA